AUGGAUAACUUCAAACGUCUUUUGAUAAAGAUCAUAAUUUUCACAGUGAUCAUCGCCAUCCUAUCAGCCAGCGUAGCUGAAGCGAAGAAGAGCAAAAAGCACACAUCUAAACUAUCCACAAGACAUCACGAACACAUUGACAAAUACCAUAAUAAGGCAAAGAGAAGCGCAUAUGGCCGGAGUUGGGGAAAGGCGAGCUAUGGCAGCUAUGGGAUGCCCCCAUACCUUAUUUACAAUCGAAAGUUAGGAGCUUAUUACCCGUAUUAUAAGUACCCGGAAAACAAUGUUCGCCGCAGUAUGAGUAUGAGAAAUAGUUAUGAUUCUAGAAGUUUUAGCAUUAAAAUGAGGAAAGACUUCUUUAAAAAGUAUGAGGCUAAUGUGCAGACUUAUCACCUGAUGAUCAUCACUCUAGCAUUAGUGGCAGCAAUGGCAGUAUCAGGAUCUGCCACACCCUACGGUGGAUAUGGAGGUUACGGGGGCUACGGCGGCUAUGGAGGCUACGGUGGAUAUGGACAUCAUGAUCACCACGACCACCACGACCACCAUGACCACCACGACCAUCAUGACCAUCACCACGAUUACCAUUACCAUGGGCAUCACGAUUAUGACCAUAAGGAGGAACCGAAAACCUCAGAAGCGCCCAAAACUACUACUACAACAACGACGACAACCACCACUGCUCCCCCUCCUCCAGUCGUACAGGAGGAUAGAGAUGCCUUUGCGCAGAUCUUUGGAGGCCAAGGUCAAGGACAGGCCAUUUUUGAACAGCAAACCAGCUUCAAUGCACAAGCUUCAGCCAGUGGAGAAAUAGGGUUAAGUCAGACAGUUCAAACAGACGAUGCUCAAGGCUCUCAAGAAACCGAAACACGAAAACCCCAAAAAGAACAUAAAGAACAAGGAAACUACGGCUACCGAAACGGUUACCAUGGUUACCACGGUUAUGGACAUUAUUAA